CAUUUGGUCAUUGCAUGUUUCAUCAGAGCAUCAGCCUUCCAAUCACCGCCUGUGAGCUGGUUUUCAGUGCAGAGAAUGAUGUUUUUGUUUCAGGGCUCAGUGCGGAAUGUCCAGAUUAAAGGCUUGUGACUCCUUCCUUCCGGGUUUGGCUGGGUUCUUACUUCGCAUACAUUUGCAGGGAAUGGGCAUCUGCUUCUUCUUCUUCUUCUUCUCCAUCCAUCUUCGUCUUCCCUUUUGAUAUUUAGGCCAUUCCUCUCUUCUUCCUUCGAGUCUGGAGUCUGGAGACAAAUGGCUUCUGUUCCCAAGCCAAUGCUUCAUGGUAGGAGGCUCUUUGAGCUGCUGGAAGAGCAACAAGAGCCUUUUCUUCUGGAUGUCUACCUCUUGGAGCAUGGGUACUCGGAUAGAGCAAUGAAUCCCAGUGCUGCUGCAUUCAUGUGCUGGCAUGGCGGUGCUUGUAGGCGGCUGAGAAGGUUCAGCACCCAUGGCUGCAGGAGGAAGAGAACCGGACUUCUGAGGUGUCUGCUGAACAAAGUUGUCUACGGCAAGGUGAUCAGGAAAGCUUGGAGGUGGGAUGGUGGAGCUGUUGGCAUCGGAAGAUGGAAUGUCUUGAGAUCGUUCUUCGAGAUGAAGGGCAAGAACAAUGCUGUGGAGUUCCGCCGGCUGUCUUGUUCCUGUGGCACCGACGAAGGUGAUCCGGACAGAGAGGAGCAGUGGAGAGCUAUGGGCGGCUCCGAUCAGCGCAGCCCUGUGUCAGUCCUCGAGCUGCAUUCUGAUGAAGUUGAGGAAGAGGUGCCAUCAACCUCAGGUUUUGAUUCACCCAAGGACACAAAGGAAGCUCCAUGGAUCGGCUUGGAAGAGCACCCCAACACAAGGACCCAGUUCCUUCACCCACACCGUUUUCUGUCAGACUGGCUGAAGGAGGUAGAAGGAAGGCUCUCAAAAUCUCACGAAUGCCCAAGUCCAGAGAGGAGUGGGAAGAUCACCGAGGAGGGGAUGAUGAUCCUGUCACGGGAGAGUCGAGGAUGUGCUUUGGGCAGUAUAUCCCAGUUGAUAGAUGUCGAUUUCUCCGAGUCCAGGAAAGAAUGGAGCCACUUUCGGCAUGAGAUAGGAGAGGUUGGGGCUGAGAUCGAACAGAUCAUCUUUGAGGAGAUCAGCGAAGAAGCUGUGCUCGAUGUUCUUCAUCGUCACUCCACCUUGGAAAGAUGUUGAUUCUAUUCAUCAGCACCAUGUGAAAUUUACUCGCUUACAGUAGCAAAUCUCUGAACAUAAUGCAUGCCACAGGAAGACACAAAUCCUUGCUUCAUCAGCUGCUCGCUUGCAGUCUACUGGAUUGCUUCAGAACCAAUGAUGGAUUACUAGUCUAUUGUAAUACCUGUUUAAGGUUAUUGUAUGCUGAGUCUAAGAAGAAUAAGUGUCAUGUACUUUUGGUUACGAUUGAAGAUUUAUGCGAUAAGCAUCAGAAAAACUUGGUGGUGUUACAGUUCAUCACAAGCAUGUCAGAAUGUGGUGGCAAUUCGAGGCGUAAUUGGCGGUAUUAAGGACCACAUAAUGGAAUUUAAGUGACUCGAAAUUGCAGAAUGAUUUGAUGUGCAAUUCGCAUUUCGUCCAGCAUGUAGAGAAGAGAGAGAGAGAGAGAGAGAGAGAGAGAGAGAGAGAGAGAGAGAGGGGUUGCUGAUGAUGAGUGAUGCUUAGGGCAGAGGAUGGCAGAGACAUGGGAGUUUCCACUCGGGAGAGCCAUGUUGUACUGCUGCUGCUGCUGCAAUGGCUGGUAGGUGGAACAGAGUUAUUUGGAGGUGCGAUGGUCCAGCGUAACAGAGUUAUUUGGACAUGUCAUGGUCCACGGUUCUAUCAAACCAUGUGCAUAUUAAUUACAGACGAUCGAAGAAGGAUGCACGAUGAUGUUGAUCCCUUAGACCAGUCUAAAAUACAUGAUUAAAGCGAUUGUGUUGCCGCUGUUGUGCCACGGAAGAGUUCCCCAUGAUUCGAGCUUGUGAAAUCUGCGCCCUCGACUCUCGAAUCUAAUCUCCAUUUCCAGUUCUGUGAAAGUGAAAAGCCAUCAGACUUCUUUGCUUACUGGCUUUGAAGAUUCAGUCAGGUACACGAGACAUUAGUAUUCUGCAUGAUGUUGGCCUGAGUUAUUGUUUUCCGGUGGAUGUUACGGAGGAGGAGGAGAGACAUGGGUGUUCUGCAAGAUCUUACCAUGGGCUAUUUGUUUCUUGUGGCGAAGAAGAAGACAUCUUUGGAUGAGAGAAGUCGGAACAAAACCACAAGGUACACCUGAGGAUUCAUUCUGAUACAUACAUGAGACAUCAGAAUUCUGCAACAUCUUAGCCUCUGAGCCAUUGACAUCUUUUGGAGGAAGUCUUUUCAACUCUAAAAUGCUGCACCAAACUUCAUGGAAUGGAAGUCUACUUCUCUUUUGUUCUGAUCUUUAUCAAGGUGAUUUUGAUGCUCGGAUCAAAGUUCAUGCAUGCAGUGAAGAACAAAUGACUCUUGUUGGAGAAUACAAUAAUAGCAUCAG